GAGGAAAGAAGAAGAACAGGCAUUACAGGUCGAGCACUGAUACUUCUCAACAGUCAAUCGCUACAUCUGUGCUCCAUUGAAGUGCCUUGCUGUUGUACCACAUGGCAUGCCAGACGAGCUCCAUGAGACACUCAGAUGUGUUAUGAAGGAAAAGAUUAACUCUUGAGCUAUAUCUCUCAUUUAGUACACCUAUUUUAAAUCGAAGAUAGAGAUAUAAAGAGAUCAAGAUGUCGCAGUUACAAGCGCGGUUCUUCACGGAAAACAAAAAGUAAGUUUUUCCCUUUAAACGCAACACUAGCUGGAUUGCUAACUACCUGUAACACAGAUUAAACAGAAAGGAAUUGGUGUUUAUGGACACUAUGCCUUUUUAUCCAUAAUAAGUGUAGGGUUUGGGCUAGCCCCCGACAUUGUCAAUAGCUUCUGGUUAGCGUUUUAAUGUUUUUAGCUUGUUGUUGUGGCUUGCUAAUGCUAACUGCUCCUUCAUUAUGAUGAACCAAUUUUCCUACAUGCAUUUUGACGAGUUCAGCUGGUAUUAAAUAUACUAGUAAUGUCUGUCUUUAUAGGUAUGUAGUAGAUGAUGUCCCAUUCUCCAUCCCUGCUGCGUCAGAGGUGCAGGACCUCAGCAAUGUCAUCAACAAGCUGCUGGAAGCCAAAAAUGGUAAAAUCACACUUUGACUCUCAGGAACCCUUUUCAGUCUGUAAUAUUAACAGUCCGCCUGGUCAUUAUUCUUUUUUAGCUGUAAAUGUGUCAAAAAGUGGCUUUUUCAGGUUAAGUUCAACUUUGAAAAUCUCUCAAGUAUUUUACAUUUUUAACAUGUUAUAUAUAUUUAAACAGUGUGAAAUAACAAUAAAAAAAGAAAACGGAUUUGAAUUUUUAGAAAGUUUUGUAUUUGUGAACACUUAAGAUGUACAGGUCCAAAGAUUUUGAGAUGACAAAAACAUUAUUUGAACUAUAAUACAACAACUCAAGAAGAUUUGUUUUCCUGGAACCUUCUUUUUACCUGUUACUGCUUGAAAAAGUCUACUAAUAACCAGGCGUUUUUUAGGAAUGAAACUCCCUGAGGCAAAUCCUAUCUAAUUGAAGGCAAAGUCCAACUCGACACUCUUCACACUUCCAGGGAAUGGAUUGUUUUCUCCCCUGGCUGGCUCUCUGCCUUUUCUCCAUUGAUUGCCUGCUUGCUAGAAUAGAAUAGAAAACUUCAAACUUCAAACUUCAAAACUUCAAUAGAAUAUUCCUUUAUUGAUCCCCCAUGGGGGAAAUUUUUUGGUCACAGCAGCAUCACAGACAAAAAUAGUGCAAAAAUGCAGUUAUAAAAAAUAAAGAUUCUUAUAUUAAGAACUUAAAUAAAUGUAAUAAUUAAGAAAAAAAUUAGAAAAAGGGAGAAGAAAAAUAAAACUAUCUAUAAUAUACACAAUUUAAAUGCUAGAAGUGGUGGUGUAAAUCCAGUUAUUAUUACAGUUCGUUGUAAAGUCUUAUUGCAGAAGGGAGGAAUGACCUGCGGUAGCGCUCCGUCUUGCAAGGUGGAAGUCUCAGUCUGCUGCUGAAGGAGCUGCUUAAAGUCCCCACAGUCUGGUGCAGUGGGUGAGAGGGAUUGUCCAUGAUGGAUACAGGCUUUGUUAACAUCCUCCUCUCACCCACCUCCUCCAGGGAGUCCAAAGAACAGUCCAGGACAGAACUGGCCCUCCUGACCAGUCUGUUCAGUCUCUUCCUGUCCCUCUCGGUGCUCCCUGCCCCCCAGCAGACCACUGCAUAGAAAAGUGCAAAUGCUACCACAGAGUGGGGAGCUUGGGCGGUGGAGUGAGUGGCACACCAAGCAGCUCGGUACACAGCUUCUCCUGGAAAGUCUGGCGUGUCAUGGGCUUCCUCUUCUGUGUCACGCAGAUUUCUUUGUGGAGGACAUAGCUGUUUGUUGCAGCUAUAUCCACAAGGUGUUGAAACACAGUCAUGGGCCAUCUUCUGGUCUUCCUGUGGACAGAGUUGGUGCCCAACAUCUAGUCAGAGGUGUCCACCCCUCCCAUGUACCUGUUGGAUGAGGGUCAGGGUCUGCCUCUGUCUUCCAGGCCUCCUGCAGUUGUGGUGAAUGACAUGCAGAAGCAUCACCAGCAGCAUCAGGACCACCACUGCUGCUGCUGUGCCGCCUGCGUUGGCCACAGACCAGACUCCGUCCCCGCCUUGUCCUUUUUGAUGACCCCUCAUCAGAAGAAUCUCUAAAAAUAUAUUGAAGAUAUAAUAAUCAUAAAUAAAAGUAUUUAUGUAUAAAAUUAUGACUUCAAAUAAUGAUAUCAUUAUAUUAGAACAAAAUUUGGGAAUAAAUAUGUAGAGUAUGCAAACUAUUUACUUACUGUGUUUGGGAUGGAGACACACCCCCUGCCUCCUCCACAAAUUGAGCUGGAAGUCAAGAACACGGCACAAAACACGGCAAAACGAUACUCAAAACUUAUAAAAUGAACUCUAACACUAUGAUAAACAACAAUAAAUAUAGUAUAUACAACGAUUAAUAUAAUAUAUAUAUAAAGAUAAACAGCUAAAUUGCCUCUAAAACUCCGCUAAAUAUCCGCUAAAUCUCUCAGAUCUGCACUCUCUCUGCUCCAACGUCUCCCUCUCGUCAUCUCUUGAUCCGCCUCUACCGUAAUGUAUCAUAUAUCAGCGCAAAGCUUAGAUUCUCAGCUUUCAGAACCCAUUGGAGUUAUGUCGAUAGCGCAAAUGGUUCAAGAGUUACGGUACCAAAAAUGUACCUCUUACUUACCUCACUGUCUCAGUUAUACUUCAAAGUUUACAGCUUUUGCUUCUCUUGGUAUUAUUCCUGCAGCAUCUCACACCACAGUGGAGUUUGACUUUCUGGUCAGGGGUCUGUUUCUGCGAACACAACUCUCCUCUCACAUGGAAACAGAAGGAAUAUCUACGGUAAGACAAGUUUAGAUAAUUAAAAAUAUAUUUAUGCUGGAUUACUUUGGGGCAUAUCUGAUCAUCUGUGGACCUGAGGGUGACACCUAAUGUUCAUUUUUUUCAGUAAAUUGAAGACCUACCUUUUUAGUCUGGCUUUUAGUUGAAUUUUGUUUUAAUCUUUUAAUCUGCAUUAUGUGAUUUUUACUCGACUAUAGUCCUAGAGUAACUAUUUUGUGUUUUAUUGCCUCUUUUUUAAUUUACUUUUUAUUAUUGUUUGAUUUCCUUUUAACAUUUUAUCACCUUUUAUUAUAUUUCAAAUACAACUUUAUUUGUAUGGCACUUUUCAUACAAAAAAAUGCAAUUCAAAGUGGUUCACAGAGGCCGAAAACGACGCAACCCUCACACCCACAAAACAGAGCCACACAAGAGCCACACACCAUGUGACUCUACUGUAUGUAAAAUUGGCAGUCUGCCUCCUUGCUAGGUCAAGUUAGCACAGCGCCCUCUGCUGGGCUACAAAUCCUGCCUCUGCCAGCAAAACUUAUGGGACUGUGGACAAACUUUAGAAAUUUAUUACACAGAACAUAAUUUUUUCUCCCCCCUGCUUGUGAUGUUGACAUGUAGUUACAGUCAGACUGGGUUGUGCUCAAGUCCUCUUUUUUUUUAAAAGUUAUUAGGGGGUUCAUGUUUUCUUUGAUUGACACCUGAUACAGCCUAUGGGCGUUCAGGGAUUGCAUACCUCACCUGGGGGGAUACGCUGUUUGAGCCGAGCGUCAUCACCAUAGAUAUAAAGAAAGACUAGAUAGCUUACCUACGCAGUGAGCCAAUGGGGACUGACGUCGUCAUCUUACCAUCUUACCUCGGGGCUGCUGGCCCACUGAUAACAUAAAUGUCUAUGGUGCAUGUACUGUUUCAAUGACCAUAUCCUGCUCAAACUUCAACUGAUUUUCAAACGGAUUGGUUUGUUAUAAACGCCAGAGAUGUAGUUAUGUUUCUGCAUAUUUACGGAUAAUUAUAACCAUGGACUUUCAUAUUGAAUUAAGAAGGAGAUAGCAGAGCAAUACCUGCCAUAGCUGCACACAUACACACACAGUGAAAUUAAAUUGUCAGUGUUUUUUAUAUUAAACAUUUAAUAGUUCGAUAUUUUAUAGUUCUAUUUAAUCUGUAUUUUUAUUUAUUUUAUUUCUUUGUUUCAAAGUAUUGAAGCUCUUCCUGUCCAGUUGCCAAGAAACCUUUUUAUUAUGUGCUUUGACAUGUGUGUGUGUGUUUCAGGAAGAUGUUGUGGAAAUAGAGUAUGUGGAGCGGCUCACAGCCCCAGAACCAGAGGAGUGUAUGAUGCAUGAUGACUGGAUCAGCUCAGUUGCUGCAGACUCUGAAUGGUUAGAUUACUUUUUAUCACCACACGUUUGCAAAGUUGCCAUUAAUUCUCUCAUAAUUCGUUUUUUAUUAAAUUGUAUUUUUUUUGCAGGAUUCUCACAGGCUCAUAUGAUAAGACCGCAAGGAUCUGGUCCGUGGAGGGCAAAGCAGUGAUGACGGUGGCCGGACACUCCGAUGUGGUCAAAGAUGUGGCUUGGGUCAAAAGAGGUAAGCCAUAGGAAAUAGAAAUAGUCAGCGUACACUCAGAUCAUAAUUUAGACAGUCCUCCUGACUUCAUCCAUCUCCAGACGGUCUGACCUCGCUGCUGCUGACGGCCUCCCUGGACCAAACUCUGCUGCUGUGGGAGUGGAACUCGGAGAGGAACAAAGUGAAGGCCAGACACUGCUGUCGGGGGCACACAGGAAGCGUCGACACCGUCGCAACAGACCCCACAGGCUCAAAGGUAAAGAAGGAAGGAGAGAAAAGAAAAUAAACAAGCAAUCGGAUAAAGAAAAGCGACUGAAGGGCUAUGACGAGAUGAAUUUGAGCACUUGUGUUUCCUCCACACAGUUCUGCAGCGGCUCCUGGGACAAAAUGUUAAAGAUCUGGUCAGCAGGUAGGUCACUCUCAGGGAUUAUCGUAACUUUGGCAUGGCAGAAUAGAGAAAAGGAGGUUAAAGCUCUGUUAUAACCUUUUUCUGGUGCUGUCAGUCCCCACAGACGAGGCAGACGAGGUGGAAGAGCCUGGCGACCGACCGAGGAAGAAACAGAAGACCCAACAGCUAGGCCUCACCAGGGUACGUGGUCCUAACACGAUCAUACGAAACAGGGUGUGCAGGCUUGCAUGUUAAAUGUGUGCCUCAUAUUUUCUGACUCCAACACAGACUCCUCUAAUGACGCUAUCUGGACACAACGAGGCGGUGUCCUCCGUCCUGUGGUGCGACAGCGAAGAAGUUUGCAGCGCAUCGUGGGACCACACCAUCCGUAUGUGGGAUGUGGAGACCGGAGAAAUGAAGACGACGCUGGUAAGGAAUAGGUUUGAAGUCUGGUGUUUUAGCAGAUUUGUUUCAGAAUCGGUUGAAGAAUCUGAAGUCCUAAAAAACAACACCAUGACUCUGUGGUGGAAGUCGCCGCAUGGACUCUGAAAACCAUCAUACGUGAACACAUUGCAGACUUAUCUUGUUGUACUCUCCCCACAGACGGGCAGUAAAGUGUUUAACUGUAUAUCCUACUCGCCGCUGUGUCGCCGGCUGGCCUCAGGCAGCACCGACAGACACAUCCGGCUGUGGGACCCUCGCACCAAAGGUACCACUGCGUGCUCUCCUCUUCUAAAUCUAAAUCUCUUUUCUUCUCUAUCUCCGCUCACAAACAUCUCCUUCUCCUCAUUUGCAGACGGGUCGCUGGUGCUGCUCUCUCUGACUUCUCACACCGGCUGGGUCACAGCGGUAAAGUGGGCACCUUCACACGAACACCAGCUGGUCUCUGGUUCCCUUGACAACCUGGUUAAACUUUGGGACACCAGAAGGUAAAGCAUGAAGUCAUACAUGUUUUUUUAGCUUUGUGUUUUUUUUGUUGUUGUAAGAAUAAAGUGAACUUAUUGCUUUCAUGUGUCGCAGCUGUAAGGCUCCUCUGUACGACCUGGCGGCCCAUGAGGACAAAGUAUUUUGUGUGGACUGGACGGAAAGUGGGGUAAGACUUUGUUAACAUUCACAACUCUAAAUAAGAGCUUUCACUGCUUCAGUACGAGAAGAGGAAAACACAGUACAACAAAACUGACCUCCUUUCUCUUUUGUCUGUCUCCUGUUUUCAGCUGAUGUUGAGUGGAGGCGCAGAUAACAAGCUGUACACCUACAGAUCCUCAGCCUGUCAGAUGGAUGUAGGGGCAUAGGCUCCACAGUCGACACCAACCCCAGAAAGUUACCUCAUCUAUCAUCACAGAGACAAAAUAGACAGAUUAAAAUACACAAAAUCAGUGUUUGAGUUUUAAAAUGAGACAAAUGGUUCCUGCUUUGUCCUUUACCCUUAUGGUUUAUACUCCACCUCCUUUUUUUUCUACACAUGUUCGAGGAUCGUUGUUGUUUUCCCUGUAUCCUAAGAAAACUUUAAGUUAAUUUUGUCUCCUCUCUUAACGUUUGUUUUAUGUGUGCCUGUUGGAAAUGUUUGAUAUUUGAUAGUGGCUGAGAUAACAUGAAAGUUUCCAAAAAUGACUCAGUAAAAAUCUAAAAAAAUAAUAAUUGAUUAUUGACGUUCAGAAAAAGAUUUUCUACCAGUAUAUGUGAAUUUACCUCUGACACUCUAUGCCUGUAUGACUGUCUCCAUGAUCCUCAGACCCUCAGGUGGUCCCACAUUAAAAACUCUGUAGAGGAAAUCACCGCAUGUGCAUCUCAGCAGUCAUUCUGGACAACCUUCACACACAAAUAACUUCCUUGUAUAUUUUAGUUUUACAAAGAAAACCAGUAGACUUGAACAAAAACGGACUCUUUUCCUCCUCAGACUGGUUUUACCAAAGACAAAGACAAAAGAAGAGCUCUCACUCGGAUUGAUUUUGUUGGUUCAUAGUGGAGUGAAAUAAAUGUCCACUGUAAACUUU